GAGAGGCUAAAGUGCACUUGGCUAAGAGCUCCUGCAGUUGUUACACGGAAAAUUAAGAGGCGGCUCAUCAACCUGGCAGUAGCUGGCAGCGAAACUCUUGGAUUGAGAUGGAUCUUUUGAGGAUCUCCUUGCUCCUGGUGCGCUGCACAGUUGCCACUGCGGCCACAGGCUCCUUUUGGCACGUUACAGACCUCCAUCUGGACCCUCAGUACAAAGCGGUGCCAGACCCCCUGGGGGUGUGCCCAUCUGCUGGCUCCCAGCCAGUGGCCAGUGCGGGGGCUUGGGGAGAUUACCUGUGUGAUGCUCCCUUGAUUCUUGUCAACUCUUCCAUCUAUGCCAUGAAGAGCAUCCUCCCCAACCCAGAUUUCAUUCUCUGGACCGGGGAUGAUACCCCACAUGUUCCUAAUGAAAAACUGAGUGAAAAAGCUGUGCUGGACAUAAUUAAACAACUAACUGACCUGAUCAAACAGGUAUUUCCAGACACUCAGAUCUAUCCUGCAAUGGGCAACCAUGACUUCCACCCCAAAAACCAGCUGCCGGCUGAGAACAAUACAAUCUACAACGGAGUGGUGGAACUGUGGCGCCCGUGGCUGAGCAACUCCUCCGUGCUUACCUUCAAAGAAGGUGCUUUCUACAGUGAAAAGCUGCCUGGUCCUGGCCCAGCAAGGCGGAUGGUCGUCCUCAACACAAACCUGUAUUAUGAGAAUAACAAUCGGACCAUCAGCUCAGAGGAUCCAGGAGGCCAGUUUCAGUGGCUGGAAGAGACGCUUGCCAACGCAUCCAAAGCAGGAGAAAAGGUCUACCUGAUUGGACACGUCCCACCCGGAUUCUUUGAAAAGAAACGAGGAAAGCCCUGGUUCCGAGAGCGCUUCAACCAACAAUAUACAGAAAUCAUUCAGAAGCAUCAUGCAGUGAUUGUGGCACAAUUCUUUGGGCAUCAUCACACAGAUAGCUUUAGAAUCUUUUACAGUGAUGGAGGUUCUCCAAUAAGCGUCAUGUUUUUGGCUCCAGCCGUCACACCAUGGAAGACAACCUUGCCCGGGGUGCACAACGGAGCCAACAAUCCCGGCAUCCGAGUCUUCAUGUACGACCGAGAGACCCUGCUGCUGAAGGACAUGGUGACUUAUUAUCUAAACCUCACCCAUGCUAACUUGGGGGCCCCCAAAUGGGAGAAAGAGUACAGCCUGACGGAAGCAUUCCAAGUCCCUGAUGGCUCAGUCCAGUCCAUGCAUCUGUUACUAGAGAAACUCACAAAGGACAACAGUCACCUUCAGCAGUACUAUCGGUAUAACUCCGUUCAGUAUGACCUCACAGAAUGCGACAGCAGCUGCCAGACCGACCACAUCUGUGCCAUCCAGGAAGUCGAUUUUGCAAAAUACGACCAGUGUGUUAAAGCCAGAAGUGGUGCAGCAGCAAAUUCAGCCCUGCCGUUGAGCCUACUCUUCUUUUGUCUGGCCAUGGGGCUCUGGAGUAUCUUGAAGUUGAACAAACAGGAAUGUACACAGGGUGGUAGGGGUUCUGCCCCAAUCAAGGAAAAGAGUGGAAUUUAACACCCGCACCCCAUUAAAGCAGACGACAAGCCCCUUUGUUGUUGCAGAAACUGGCCUGAAAAUGUGUGUCUUUAUCACUUGGUGAAAUCAAAGAAUUUUGGAAGGGGAGGCAGAGCUUGCUGGAAUACUAAGAGAGAAUUUACAGAAGAAAAGCACAUUUUUAUAUAACAGACUUUGGGGCAUGAUUCCUCCUAGAUGAAGCCCACUGAUCUCUGGGUGGGGGGAGAAGCUACGAAAUGAGGCUGUGCAAGUGCUAAACAAUGCAGAGUUAACAAGUGAUACUGUCAGGUUGGGCACUUUAUUCCUCAAUACAUAACAGUACCCCCCUAAAAAAAUCAGAGAGAAAAUACCAACCAGUUGCUUGAAUACUCUAUCUAAAUUCUACCACUACUUCUUGGUAAGUAUUCAA